AAGGAAGUCCAUGCUGCAAAGCUAACUCGCACACUCACUGCCAGAGUCCCAGCAUCUCCGGGGCGCUCUCUGCCAGACACGCCAGCUCUGCUCAGUGAAAAUGGACGAAAAAGCAGAUGUGAAGUCUCUCAUGGCGAAGUUCAACACGGGGGGCAACGCGGCAGAGGACGUCUCUGUCUCUGGCGGGCCCUUCAAACUCUCGGGGCAGAACUCCCUUUCAGGAGUCCAAGCGAAGAAGAACUUAUUCAACAACCAAGGGAAUGCCGGCACUCCGACAGGAACCAGUGCUGUGCCCAAGUUUGGGUCCCCAAAGCCACCCUUGGGGCUGAAACCUUCCUCUGAAGAGAAGUCUGACAAGGAGCCCAAGCCUACUUUCCUAAAGCCAGCUGGCGUGGCCCAAAGGUUUGGCCCCCUGGCAAACUCAACUGCCAGGGAACCUGAGGUGAGAGUGGGGUUCCCAAAGCCUGCAGGCCCCAAGCCCACCAGCUUGCCCAAAGAAGAUCACAAGCCAACAUUUCCCUGGCCUCCUGCGAACAAGCCUUCGCCCCCAGCUGCAAAGCAAGACCAUGACUUAAAGCCAGCAGGCCCCAGGCCUGGCUCCAACCUUCCAGCCCAGGAAAAUGAACAAAAACAGACUUUCCCCAAAUUGACCGGAGCUAAAGGCAAGUUUGCAUCAGCCUCAAAGGACCCUGACGCCACGCCAGUCUUUCCCAAACCUGUCUUUGGCCAGAAGCUGUCCCUGAGUUUUGAUGACACCCCAGAAGAUGACAGCUCGAAUAAGAAUGUAUCUCCGCAGACAGGACCCCCGGCGACCCUAGGAGGCAAGUCCAAAACUGUCCCUUUAAAGCCCGUGAGGGAAGACCAGGGCAACAAAGAGCAUUUUGGGGAGACACAGAGCUCACCUUUUCCUGGGGUGGUUCUGAAGCCUGCUGGCAGCAGAGGCAGCCCAGGCCUCCCCAGAAGUCUGGAAGACAAAAAAGAGGACAGGAAAAUAGAUGCUGCUAAGAACGUCUUCCUCAGCAAGGUGAACCAGGAAGAGUCCACGGCCGGGGGGCCUCCCGCCAAGUUCUCCAAGACGCCUUCGAAAGUGGCGACCGCAGGCCCAUGGAGCCAAAGCCCAGGACCGGAGCAGGGCAGCAAGUCCCUCCCUAAGCAGAAGCCGCUGCCCCCUCUGUUUACCUUGGGCCCACCCCCGCCCAAACCCAGCAGACCACCCCACGUGGACCUGACCAGAUUCUGGACAGCCGCUUCUGGAAACAGCUCCAACAAAGGCCACACUCCAUACUCAACAGCCCCCCUUCCACAGCCUCCUCCAGCCUCCCAGCCACCACUGCCAGCGUCUCACCCAACACAGCUGCCAGCCCCGAGUCUCCCUCCCAGGAACAUCAAACCCCCCUUGGAGCUGAAAAGUCCUAUAAAUGAAGAUAUUCAAGAUGGCCUCAUGCACUCUGAUGGUACCGGAAAUCUAGACGAGGAACAAGAGAGUGAAGGAGAAACCUAUGAAGACAUAGAAGCUAACAAAGAACGAGAGAAGAAAAAAGAAAAGGAAGAGAAGAAGAGAUUAGAGCUGGAGAAAAAGGAACAGAAAGAGAAAGAAAAGAAAGAACAAGAGAUAAAGAAGAAGUUUAAACUCACGGGCCCUAUUCAGGUGAUCCAUCAGGCCAAAGCUUGCUGUGACUUCAAAGGAGGGAAGAACGAGCUCAGCUUCAAGCAAGGAGAGCAAAUCCAAAUCAUCCGCAUCACAGACAACCCUGAAGGGAAGUGGCUGGGCCGGACGGCGCAGGGGUCCUACGGCUACAUUAAAACAACGGCUGUGGAGAUCGACUACGAUUCCUUGAGACGGAAGAAGACCACGCUGGGAGCCCGUCCACCAAGACUCCCUGACGAUGACCAGGAGGUUUAUGACGACGUGGCAGAGCAGGAUGGCGUCAGCAGCCACAGUCAGAGUGGAAGUGGAGGAGACUUCCCGCCACCUCCAGAUGAUGACAUCUAUGAUGGGAUUGAAGAAGAAGGUGAUGGCAGCUUGGCACUACAGGGGGAAGAGAAGAGUAACUACUGGCCCUGGGGGAUCUGGAAGAUGCUGAAGGGAAAAGAGGACAAAAAGAAAAGCAUACGGGUGAAACCUAGAGUCUCUGAGUCAGACGGUGAAGGUCCAUCUUUCCCAGCUCCUCCGAAACAGCUGGAAGAUGGAGACGAAGUGUACGAUGAUGUGGGUGCUUCCGAUGACCUUGGUCCCGUUGCAGAGAUGAGUCAAGGUGUCAAGGUCAAGACAGAAGAAAAAGACCUCAAGAAGUUGAAAAAGCAAGAAAAAGAAGAAAAAGACUUCAGGAAAAAAUUCAAAUACGACGGUGAAAUCAGAGUCCUCUAUGAAACCAGAGUUACGUCUUCCUUAACGGCUAAGAAGUGGGGAGCCAGAGAGCUGCAGCUGAAGCCUGGGGAAGCUCUGGAAGUGAUUCAAAACACCGAUGACACCAAAGUUCUCUGCAGAAACGAGACAGGGAAAUAUGGUUAUGUGCUUCGAAGUCACUUGAUGGACAACGAUGGAGAAAUCUAUGAUGACAUUGCUGACGGCUGCAUCUAUGACAAUGACUAAAGUCAUCCUGCAAGAUGCAUCUCACGGUGGCGAGACGUCUGGGUUUUGGUCUCAUGUCAUUGGAGGGCGUAGACGAUGAAUGCACAAAGCAAUUGAUUACCAGAUGUUGCAAACUCUGAUCAUUUUCAUAAGGUUUCUUAAGUUUUAGACUUAGGAAAGGAUCCCUGCUUAGUCAGCACCUCAGAAGAUGGCCUCAGUGAAACAGGGAAUUUGAAAUGCCGCCUUCUGCUCAGCUGUCAAUUAUUAGGUGGGCGGUUCUGAUACAUUGUCCAGGCAACACAUAAAGAAACAAGGAAACAUGAGACGCAAUGAUUACUUCAUCUAAAGAACUAGAAGCAACAAGAAUUCCUAAAAAUCAAGGAAAUUUUGGAACAUCCCACACAGAGAAAAAGCUAACUAUUGCAUCCACCCCUAAUUCAGAUGUCUGCCUCCUCUCCUGCGGGGUCAGAUGUCUUUGAAGACGAUGAUAGUGACAAACAUCUGUACCCAGUUUGUCCUUCUGUGUCACUGUGAAUCUAUGUUGACUAUUGUAUCAAACACGGGCAUUCAGUACGCACACCUGAGAUUAAACUGUAGAAAAGUCCAAGAUGGUUUCUUUUUGAAGAUUUUUUUUUCUUACUCACAGUUUAAUUCUGUACUCUUUUAAGUACCUUUGUAACUUCAGUAGCUCUAAAUGAGGACUGUUUUUAAAUUAUGGAGAAGUGGAGGAAUCUGUUCAGAAAUUAAUUUCCCUUUUAUUACACCUCAUUAUCAUGAAAACUCCUCCAGGAAAAAGAAAUUCUUUUCAGUCACCUCUACAAGCCUUUAUUUUAGGCCCACUUAUCUGGAGAGCUAGCCAGCAGAAGGAACGCACAUUACUAAGUCCUUGCUUUUGGACUAGGUUAUUCCUUGUUGACACAGAUAAAUUCUCAAAGCAGCUCAAAAAAACAAAAUUUGAAGUUUUGGAUUCUAAAUGCUAAGAACACUAAGUACCAUGACACAAAAUGCAAAACCCUGGCCCCAGAGAUAACACAGUGCUUAUGCAAAAGACUUUCCUGCCUGAAGUUCAAAAAUACCAGGUCCCCCCAGAAGCCGAAGCUCAGCAUGGCUCUAGUUAAUAGUGAACAAUAUAUAAGACCCUAACUCAUAAAAAAUAGCACUGUAGACCGUUUUUGACAACUUCCAAAACAUGGGAUGAACAAAUCAGAGUUCAGUCUCAGCUACUAAGGAACCAUGACGUGAUAUUUGGAUCAAUUAAUCACCAGCUCCAGUUCCUCGUUCGUGAAUUACAGAAUUAAACUGUCAGUUUCCCUGGACUUGUUUGCUGCCAGGUAUCUCAAACUUCAACCCAGUUCUAUGUUUCAGAAUUCUUAAAAACUCCGUGACUAAAUUAUUAUUCAUGCAUUGUCCAUGUUUUGAUAUAGCAAAGACACAAUGGGGUUUCUGGAAAGUGGCCCCAACACGAAAUAAUUUCAAGUAAUUGUAAAGGUUCUCAAAAUCUUCCUAGAGUUAAAGGGAAACUGCCGUUAGGUAGGUGCCUUCAAACUUGGAUCAUCCUCCCCCACUGACUAACUUGUAAAUUGUUAAGAGCCUGGACUCCCCACAUUAGAAGCCCGCUCUUACCUGUGAGCUGCUUGGAUAGUCAUCUUCUGAUGGGAUAAUCCAGUGUCUCUUCAUUUGAUAAAUUCAAUUUAAAGAUAAAACUACAUUGUGCAAAAUAUGUUUUUUUGUUAAAUUUGGUAGUAAACACGCAUGAUAAAUUGACAGCAUUGUCAUAAAGUGAAUGCAAUGCCGGUUUUUAAAAUUUCAAAUUAAAUCAAGAACAUAGUUUAGAGUUUGGAUUUACAGACCAAGAAGUAGACAUAUGUGUGCCUGUGAAAUUUUAUUAGCAAUCACCUUAACGUGAAAGAUCUAGUUUAAAUAUUGACUGUAAUAUACCAGUUGUUAUUUUUAUUAUCGAUUCAUGUAUGGAAUUGUGUCGUGUGAGAAGACUGGCAAAUAAAGAAUGCCUUCAAGAUGAA